AUGGUCAGAUCGGAUUACAGAAAUCUGGAGUUGAAGAGUCCAAUUGAGGAAUGUCUGUCCAGCAGCAGUACUCUAAUUAACGACGUCACGACGGAAAUUCUUCCGUUGACAACCGCUUCCAUCAUUCAGCCAUCUUCCAUAUCAAACUUCGGAGUUCCAGUCGUGGAACUGUACUCGAAGGAAAUGAUGGAUUCCGAAGGAUUACUGGACAUAAAAAAUGAACUACAGUAUCCAUCUCUCGCUCAUUCUCUUGGUGCUCUUGGUGGUCCUUCCGUAGAACAAGCAACGUCUCAUGAGGAUUUACUGGAUCAUGAGCCAUCUUCAUCUCCAAGAAUAUCGUCAAGCGCUAACAAUUCGACAAAAAAUCGGAGAAGAAAUGUUAAAAGACAAGAAAAACCUCCGUUCAGCUACAUCGCACUCAUUGCUAUGGCUAUUCAUAAAAGGCCGGACCGUAAAGCUACACUAGCUGAGAUCUAUACGUAUUUACAAGAUAAUUUUGAUUUUUUCCGAGGAGAGUAUGUUGGCUGGAGAAACAGCAUUCGUCACAACUUGUCACUGAACGAAUGCUUCGUGAAGUUACCCAAGGAUGCUGGAGAAAGAGGUCGCAAAGGACAUAAAUGGACAAUAUCAGAUAAUUGUGAAUUUUUAUAUGAAGAAGGAGCUUUCCGACGCCGUCCCCGAGGAUACAAAACUCGAAACAAACGCCCAACUUUUAAUGGGUAUGAACAGUUCGAAUAUACUUCAACACCAACGUCAGCUGUUGUUCCGUCAACCGAUUACGGUGUCGAUAAGACACAUCUGGAUGUUCAACCAUCAUCAGUUAAUGUUUCUUUAACCUCCCCAUCUAUGGGGCUAUCUAUGGCAGUUCCAUAUGCAAAUGGAUAUUUAUCGUGCCCUUCCCUAGCUUCUACAGCUGUUUGGAACCCGUCUGUAACAUCAAGUACAGCUUCUUAUGAGGCUUGGUAUGGCUAUGGAUCAAAUGAGAAUAUGCCCAUAGGAUAUGUGUACCAACCAGAAACUUCUUCAACAAUAAUGAAUAACGCAUACGACGAAUGGCAACUUCAUUCAACUCCAGAAUUAUCCUACUCAGCACAACCACAAGACACUAUGUAUUCACAUUAA